AUGAAACUCUUAGCUUGGAACUAUAGAGGGCUUGGGAACCCUCGUACAGUUCGAGAGCUUCACCUUUUGGUGAAAGAAAAGGUCCCACAGGUUGUAUUCAUUUCUGAAACUAAAUGUAACCGAGAGAGAGUAGAGAAGAUCAGGAACAUAUUGGGGUUAACUCACAGUUUUGUAGUUGAUAGUAGGGGGAAGAGUGGGGGCCUGGCUAUGUUAUGGAGUGAGAAUACUAAUGCCUCUUUGUUCUCAUAUUCAAGGCACCAUAUUUCCUUAGAGCUUUUAUCUGAGGAGGGAGCCAGUAAAUGUCAUGUAACAGGUUUCUAUGGGGAUUCUGUAGUGGAGAAAAGGAGAGCCUGUUGGGAUUUAUUGAGAGUAUUGAGACCAGAAAGUAAUUGUCCUUGGCUGUGCAUGGGUGACUUUAAUGAGCUGCUGUCAAAUGAGGAAAAGUAUGGGGCAGCUGAUAGACCUUUUCUCCAAAUGGAAAGGUUCCGAGAGGCAUUGGAUGAAUGUGAGCUCAGUGAUUUGGGUUUUAUUGGCUCAAGGUUCACAUGGAGUAAUAAAAUGGAGGGGAGGGCUUUUAUCAAGGAAAGACUAGAUAGGGCUUUUGGGAAUUCAAGUUGGUGUAAUAUGUUUGAUACCUCCUCUGUCUAUGUGUUACCUGUCAUAGCCUCUGAUCAUGCACCACUUUUAGUUCAUUGUUUUAAUUCUCAGGAGGAACAGCAAGUACACAAAAGAGUCAGCAGAUAUGAAGCUCUCUGGUCAAAGAAACAGGAUUGCAAGGAUAUUAUUAAAAGGACCUGGGUCUCAUUAAGGGGUAGAUACAGUAGUUUGAAGAUUGUACAAUCUGCACUUGCAAGUUCUAUGGUUUAG